AUGCGGGCCUCGUACACGGCUGCUGGUUGCUUGUUCGAGGACAGCCUGUGCACACCUUCGGAGGCCUGUGUCAAUGACGGAGUGUUUGGAAGGUGCCAGAAGCUUCCGGUGCUAGACGUGCACCGCGACGAAGUGCCCCCGGGGGCCCUGCAGCACCUGCGCGGCACCUUGCAGACGCUGUCACGCACAGGUCUCACGUGGCAGGAUGACUACACCCAGCAUGUGACAGCCCAGGAGCUCACAGACGUGCCCAGCGUGCGCCCACAGCGCCCCGACGCCUCCACCCCAGCCAGGACCCCGAAACUAAACGUUGAAAAUGAAAGGAGGCGCCACCCGGAGAACAGCGUGGCCUUGGCUGAGACCCUUCAGCGCUACCUGCCGUCCCUGGGGGCCCUGUCACUGACCUCGAGCGCAGGCACGCAUCCCAGGACGAGGCACGGCGAGGCCCUGGCUAAGGGCGACGACAGCCUCUCCCAGGACACCCUGGCCGGUGUGGCCCUCGCCGCAGCGCUGACCUACCCUCCUGGGCCCUGGGCCACGUACCCUGAAGACCUCCCGCUGCGGCCCCGCAGCCGGCUCCAGCCGGAUGAGCUCAGCCCGAAGGUGGACGGCGCCCUGGACCGACGGCAUCCGAUGGCGGCUCUCGGCACCUAUGCUGCUCAGCGGCCCCUCAUGGCUCCCAGGGAGGGCGACCCAGGGCCGCGGGACCUUCUACACCUGCCCCCCAGAGCACCACCGCCUCUCUGGGCACUGGCAGGACCCCAGAAGUGGCCUCUACCUCCCGGAGAGUCCAGAGGUGCCCCCAGCAUGGGCGACGGAGCACGGGUCCGGGACCUCCUGGAGGAGCUGAGGAGGUGGCCGGCGGAGCAGGCCCAGAGCCCCCCGGGACAGCAGGACAUCACAGAUGCUGUCACGCAAGCCGAGCUUGGAGUGGAUCCAGGGGAAGCCGGUGGUGACCCCCCAGGAAUGACGGGCAGCCUGGAAGCAGUACCGUGGGGACAGCGUUUACGAGGUGGCAGAGGGGACGGCGCAGGCGGUGCUGAGGGCGCUGACGUGGAGGUCAGUCGUCUCGGGGACCAGCUCGGAGACCUGUCCGGGGGCCGGGGGCCCCCCUUCUUGCCUGGAGCCCCCCGUCCUUCAACAUCCCUUGAAGCAGAGAUGAAGAAGUCACGAGACCCCGAGGCCUCGUCAGAGCACGUGGGGGUGGAGAACGUGAGGAGCCGGGCGUACUCCAAGGCGCCGGUGAAGGAGCUGGGCCUGCAGCCCGGGGCGGAGGAGCUGGGGGAGCGCCAGCCCUGGGUGCGGGGGGCGCUGGAGCAGGAGCCUGGGCUGCCCCCUGGCGAGAGCCUGCGGCUGGAAGUGGCACCUGAGGAGGAGCGUGGCUACAUUGUCACCAACAGCGACCCCCUGAGCCCAGACAAGGGGACGCGACUGCUGAAGGACCUCGCCCACCUCCUGCAGGUGCCAGCCAGCGUCUUCGUGGACACCGAUGUUCUGGGACCAGCCGUGACCUUCAGAGUGCAUGCCAACGCCCAAAAUGUGACGGCUGCAGAGGUGGCGCAGGCUGCAGCUGACAACAAAGACAAGCUGGGGGGCACUUCUGGACUGAAGAUCCUGCAAACCGGAACGGGGUCGAGAAGCAGACUCAAGCUUCUGCCUCAUCAGGCGGAGCAGGAAGACUCGGCCAAGUUCAUCGUGCUCACCUUGGUGUCCCUCGCCGGCAUCGUGGGGGUCCUCCUGGCUUCCUGCCUGGUCUACUGUCUCCGCCACAGCUCCCAGUCCAAGCUGCAAGAGAAGCUCCCAGGACUAGGGCCCGGCCCAGGCCCAGAUGCCACCGCCGCCUACCAGGAGCUGUGUCGCCAGCGCAUGGCCCCGCGGCCACCCGACCGCCCCGAGGGCCCUCACACCUCCCGCAUCAGCAGCGUCUCGUCCCAGCUCAGCGACGGGCCCGUGGCCAGCCCCUCGGCUCGGAGCACCUCGUCCUGGUCCUGGUCAGAGGAGCCUGUUCAGCCCAACAUGGACAUCUCCACCGGCCACGUGAUCCUGGCCUACAUGGAAGACCACCUGAAGAACAAGAACCGGCUGGAGAAGGAGUGGGAGGCCCUGUGCAACUACCAGGCCGAGCCCGGCAGCUCGCUUGUGGCCCAGCGGGAGGAGAACGUGCUCAAGAACCGCUCCCUGGCCGUGCUGACCUUGCCCCAGAUCCGGUGGCGUCUGCCUGCAAGCGCGCAGCUGCCAAGGCCAGAGCAGUGGCCCCAGCCGGGCAGCCAGGCGUCCCCUUGUGCCCGCCCUGCACAGCCCUCCAAGCGGUACGAGGACAGCCUAGGCCACCUUGCGUCAGGCCACCUGGCCUUGGCGCCUGGCCCGGGGGCAGCCGCCCUCCGUCGCACCCUGGGGUCGGCUCAGACCAACGGGGAGGCCAGGGAGGACGCAGGGGGCUGCCAGGCCGUGUGCAAACCCUGCGCCAUUUUACCAGUGUCCGAGCUGGGCCCUCUGCUGCCGCCACCGUGCAUCCUGGGCAUGUGUGCUGGCUACGAAGGCGAGCAAGAAGGCGAGCUCGUGCCGCGGCUGCGCUGCCCCACCCGCUGUGAUCCCGAGCAGCCUGAAUGCCCGCCUCAGUCGGGAGGGCGCGGUCUGUCGGCAUCAGGAAAACGCCCAGCAGCUCUGCCCGCAGCCCUCUCGCUGGCUGAGGGCUCGUUCUCGCUCUCAGGAAGGGCCACCCUGGCCACGGCUGCAGAACGUGACCCUGAGACAUCUCCGUGCCACUUCAGUGUGGAGAUGCCCAAAGUCAUGGUGCCCACAGACCCAUGGCGGAUGAGCAGCGUGGCCUCACUCUGCUUUUGGAGACCUGGGGCCGGAGGGCCUGCCACCUUCUCGCGUGCUCUCCUUGUCCACGAGAGCUGCCUUCCAGUCACCUGGCAGCAGAAGCCAGCGCCCUCUGCUCUGUGGGGACGGAGCCUGCUGGCACAGGACGCCUUUCGCCUCAGGCUAGAGCUCACCCUGGUGACUGGCCUCGACGUCCUGACCUCUGGGCAGACCCUUCCCUCCUGGUCAUGUGGCAGCGUGGCUGCCAGUGCACCUGCUUGGAGCAGUCCCCCGACGUCAGUGCGCCAGGGCAGCUCUGGCAUCAGGCAGCAGCCCGGCCUGGAGGGUGCCUCUUCCACGGGGCUGCCCCUAGGACCCCUGCCCCACCCAGUGCGGAGUGCUCCGGGGCCAGAGCACUUCGAGAUCUCGUUGUCCGACUCCCCAGGUCCCGACCCCAUCUUACCCCAGGGGCAUCACCUCACUUUGUCCGCGGCCACAUGGUUCACAGUGGAGCGCAGCCAUCAGACACCCUUGCUGGACAGCAGUCACCUGCUGUUGGAGCCCGAGUACUUACCCUCGAAGGUCUUAGUUGUAGCCCCUGGCGUUCAGGGACUGACCUGGCACCCUGUGACCGAGGCACUGCCCGGGGUCCAUCGGGAGCCCAGGUGCUCGAGCAGGUGGACUUCAGGACAGAAGGCCCGAGGGCGAGCACCACCCACCAUCAGUGCCGCGCUGCACUGCCCUGCGCCCCAUCUGGGUCCUGCGUGUCGUCCUGUGAGCGCUGAGCAGCCCGCCACAUGGCACGUGUGCUGUGUGACUGGCCGUGGGCACGAAGGCGUGCUGCAGGAGAUGGACCACGACCCCAGGAACCCUGCUUACAUCGCCACCCAGGGGCCACUGCCCGCCACCGUGGCCGACUUCUGGCAGAUGGUGUGGGAGAGCGGCUGCGUGGUCAUCGUCAUGCUGACCCCCCUCACGGAGAAUGGCGUCCGGCAGUGCUACCACUACUGGCCCGGCGAAGGCUCCAACCUCUACCACAUCUACGAGGUGCACCUGGUCUCUGAGCACACCUGGUGCGAGGACUUCCUGGUGAGGAGCUUCUACCUGAAGAACCUGCAGACCAACGAGACACGCACGGUGACCCAGUUCCACUUCCUGACUUGGUAUGACCAGGGAGUCCCUCCCUCCACGAGGCCACUCCUGGACUUCCGCAGAAAAGUGAACAAGUGCUACCGGGGCCGCUCCUGCCCAGUGACCGUCCACUGCAGUGACGGCGCGGGCAGGAGCGGCACCUACAUCCUGAUUGACAUGGUUCUCAAUAAGAUGGCCAAAGGUGCUAAGGAGAUCGACAUCGCAGCCACCCUGGAGCACCUGCGGGACCAGAGACCCGGCAUGGUCCAGACCAAGGAGCAGUUCGAGUUCGCGCUGACGGCGGUGGCGGAGGAGGUGAACGCAGUCCUGAAGGCCCUCCCGCAGUGAGGCUGGUCUGAGGCCCGUGGAGCCCAGCCCCCAGGCCGCGGGGUCCUGAUUCGACUCACUCGUGUCCUGUCGUGACGCGCGGUGGGAGGGUCUCACUCCUGUGGCCAGCACUGCAUAGCCACUCGUGUAUUUUCAUUUAACCAGAUCCCCAGGAGGGAGACCGGCGGGGGGGGCGGUCGUGGGCAGGGGCGAGCCGGCUCAUCUCUUCUUUCUUGGACACAAAUGACUUUUCUUAAAGCACA